CCAAAUAUUCGCAGGGAAGGUAAGUAAACAGAUAAUGUGCCUCGAACCUUGCUCGGGAAUCCAGGAAGAAUGUCGACCUGUCCUCAAUAUACUACACCACACUUUUCAAUCCCGCUGACAACCUUCCAGAUGACGAUUUUCCAAAUACUGGGUGGUCGAUAGGCCCUUGCUGGAUCUCACACAGCGGUCAUCCAGACACUUGGGAAUGAGUAAUGCCUGGGCGGCGAAAAAAAGUGAAAAUGGAGGUAGCCGUCCCGCUAGAGCAUUCGAUCUUCCGGAGUUAGCCGGACGGGUUCUUACCCGCCAUGACAAACGGUUGACGGAACGAGAUAAGGCCUAUACCCUUAGGCUCCAGAGUCACCUUACGGAAGCGUACUUGCUUGCCCAUGAGCCAUGGUGCCACCUGAAUACAUCCAGAGCAAGUUCAGCGACCCUCCUGUCAUGUUCUUUGGUAUUGGCCUCCAGUGGACUUGCUUCCCGUUGCCCAGACUACUAUCUCUUCCCCAAGAGAUGGAGAGCUAAAGCUCCUGUCCCUUCUCGGGGACAUUCGUCGCGCUAUUCGGGGGCCAAUCGAAUCCUGGGAAAUCAGUCACCCAGCACGAACAUGACGCGAGUGAUGUGUAUAACCGACAACAGCUUGGACACAUUGUCUCGCCAGCCUCUUAGUAACACUGCGGAAGCUCUGUGUGGGCUCACGGGAAGGUGCCAAAGUGAUACAUAGACUGGUUGAUCUCAAGGAAUGCAGGAGAUAUGUUGGAAUCAUGAUGCCGUUGCAGUGCUGUACACCUCCAUGAUUGCGUUUGUGUUUGCCACAUUCACGCUCACAUCGUCGCUUGCAUUCGCCUUC